AUGGCUCCGCUGGCCGACGUGGGGCCCUUCCUGGGCGGCCUGGACGGCCUGGGGCAGCCGGUGGGCGCCCACUUCUUGCUGCCGCCCGCCGGGGAGCGCCCGGCGCUGCUGGGAGAGCGGCGGGCGGCGGCGGCGGCGGAGCGGGCGGGCGGCGGAGGGGCGGCAGCAGCGGCAGCGGCGGCGGCGGCCGCGGACCUGGCGCACUUGCAGGGCAUCCUGAGGCGGCGGCAGCUCUACUGCCGCACCGGCUUCCACCUGCAGAUCCUGCCCGACGGCAGCGUGCGCGGCACCCGCCAGGACCACAGCCUCUUCGGUAUCCUUGAAUUCAUCAGUGUGGCAGUGGGACUUGUCAGUAUCAGAGGUGUGGACAGUGGCCUUUACCUUGGAAUGAACGAGAAGGGAGAACUCUAUGGCUCUGAGAAACUAACUCCUGAGUGCAUCUUCAGGGAACAGUUUGAGGAAAACUGGUACAACACUUACUCAUCCAAUGUGUACAAACAUGGAGAUUCGGGGCGGCGGUACUUCGUAGCACUUAACAAAGAUGGUACUCCCAGAGAUGGGGCAAGGUCCAAGAGACACCAGAAAUUCACACAUUUCCUGCCCCGCCCUGUGGAUCCCGAAAGAGUUCCAGAACUGUACAAAGAUGUGUUAGGAUACAGCUGA